GAUAUGUUCUGUCGUCGAGCUUUGGAAAAAGCAUGUUUCUUAUCUAAAACAGCAGCCACGCAGUGUCUCAGAAAUUCGAUUCGUGGUGAAUGUGUGGCUGCUCAUGACGUGCUUCACUCUUUACCGGGUCCCGAAGUCACAACAAUAAACAAUGGUUUGAAAGUAGUUUCCGAAAGUAACGGAAAACGUUCUGCUACGGUGGGUGUCUGGAUUAAUGCAGGGGUAUUCUGUGAGGACGAGGAGAACAGUGGAGCUAGCAAUCUUAUUCAGCGUCUUUUCGCAAGGGGCACCGGUAAAAAAUCGACUACCCAUUUGCAAGAUCAGUUGAGUAAGAUUGGUGCAAGACUUACAUCGUAUGUUGAACGUGACCGUACUGUUGUUUUCGCUGAAUGCGAUUCUGCUGAUGUGGAGAACGUUGUUGAAAUUAUUGCUGAUGUUGUACGUAACAGCAAACUUGAUGAAGAGACAGUUGAAUUAGAACGUUCUCUGGUUCUGAAAGAUAUAGAAAACGCUGAAGAAAACUCAAUUGAUACUGUAUUUGAUUUGCUCCAUAAAGCAGCAUUUCAAGGAACCCCCUAUGAGAAGUCACUACUAGGAACAACAAGUAGCAUUAAGUCACUAAGUGCGAAUGAAUUAAAGAACUUUAUUGACAAACAUUAUGUGCCAUCACGCAUUGCACUGGUCGGUGUUGGCGACAUUGAUCAUUCCUCUCUUGUAAGCCUUUCUCAGAAGUACUUUGGCGAUCUUAGAGAGGACGGUAAAUCGAAGCCAAAGGCUUCCAACGAAAGAGUCCGUUUCACUGGCUCUGAGAUUCGCUACCGAGAUGACUCCAUGCCUUUCAUGUACGGUGCAGUUGCGGUUGAAAGUGUACCAUUUGGACAUCCGGACUAUAUACCAAUGCAUAUCGCUCAUACGAUUGUUGGUCAGUGGGACCGAAGAAUUGCGAACUCCUCAAAUUCUUCUAGCAAAUUGGUGCAAAAAGUUUGUAACAUGCCGGAUAUCCAUCUGUAUCAGUCCUUCUUGUUGAACUAUAAACAUACUGGCUUAUUUGGAGUGCAUUUUGUUGCAGAAGGGAAAGACAUAGCCUUCGUCUUUAACCUUUUGCAGGCAAUUCAGAAAGAAUGGAAGUAUUUGGCAACCACUACAACAGAUGAAGAAAUUGAUCGAGCAAAAAAUGCUCUGAAAACCAAUGUUUUUUCACAGUUCGAGUCAAAUUCUUUGCGAGCGGACGAUCUCGGCAGACAUGCGCUUUGUUCGAGUAAAAUUCCAUCACUGGUAGAGAUUGAGGAAGCCAUUGAGAAAGUUAAUAAAGAAUCACUUCAUGAAGUUGUUAUGAAUAAUGUGUACGAUCGUGAUCUGGCUACAGCGGGAGCGGGACGGACAGAGGCUUUUCCAGACUAUUUGCUGUUACGAUUCGGAAUGAGCUGGUGGCGGCUGUAG